GAUGUGUUGGUUUUCCUCAAUGACAAGAAGUGCGACAAGGAGGUCUUGCAGUCGAUCACCAACUGGCAGCAGCGCGAGCAGGCUGAGCACCCGCCGUCGGUCGUCACUGCGAGGUGGACGGUCGAGAACUUACGGACGAAACCCGAGAAGCAGAACCUCCAGCUCCAGAAGACCAAGGAGCGCCGCGAGCAGCUCCUCAAGGAGGAGGCUCAACUCCUCGCGGCCACGCAGGACACCAAGAAGGACCUUGCAGCUGCAGAGGCCCUAUACGCACACAUGCAUGCCGUCGACAUCAACAACGCGGUUAAGGUCACGACGGCCGCGCUGGAUUCCAGCCUGCACACGAAUGCGGAGGCCAAGGCCGCCAUGGAGGUGCUUGCGAAACUCCAGCAGACCGCCCUCGACUUCAGGGCGCUGCGGAGAAGGCGCAGGAGCCUCUGCUUGCCGGCGGCGGCGAUGGCGCCCGCCGACGCCCCUGCAGGGGAGGUCGACGAGGACAUCGACAUGGAAGUCCUCAGCGCCGAGAACUUCGAGGAGCGCACGGCCGAGUUCAAGGCUGCGGCCGAGGCGCUCCGCGCAGCCGCCCCAGAGGCGCAGGGGGCAGCCAAGCGCAACGGUGCCUUUGAUGUCGGCUCGGCGGACAACGUGCCGCGCCGUUCCUGUGACCGCAACGUCGUGGACGUGGAGUGGAGCCAGCUCGGGCUCGGCAUCGAGGCCCCAGGCGUGCCGCCCAGGCCCUGGCAGGCGCCCUCUGGCGCGCUGGACCCGCCCGCGCUGCGCGGCAUGGCGGCUCGCGGGGCAG